AUGAAUAAGUGGACGUUUUUGCCCUUCUUCACUUUUUCUUUCAAAUCUAUAUCUUUAUCGCAUUCUAUUUUCUAUCCUUGUUUCACACUAUCUAUCUAUCGCAUUCUAUUUUCUAUACCUGUUUCACACUAUCAGAUUCUAUUUUCUAUCCCUGUUUCACACUAUCUAUCUAUCGCAUUGUAUUUUCUAUCCCUGUUUCACACUAUCUAUCGCAUUGUAUUUUCUAUCCCUGUUUCACACUAUCUAUCGCAUUCCAUUUUCUAUCCCUGUUUCACACUAUCUAUCGCAUUCCAUUUUCUAUCCCUGUUUCACACUGUCUAUCGCAUUGUAUUUUCUAUCCCUGUUUCACACUAUCUAUCUAUCUAUCUAUCGCAUUGUAUUUUCUAUAGCUGUUUCACACUAUCUAUCUAUCGCAUUCUAUUUUUUCUCUUUGCUUCACACUAUCUAUCUAUCGCAUUCUGUUUUCUAUCCCUGUUUCACAGUAUUUUUCUAUCUAUCUAUCUAUCAUGGAUUGUUUCUCACAAUUAUACCUACUCUAUCGUUUCCUCAUCAAAACCUCUUUUUUUACAUUUUUCUCAUUUAGACAUUUCUUUCGUUCAAAUUUCAUUAUAUUUUUCCUUCUUUCCUUCAAACCGCACAUUUUUUUUCCACGUAGCUUUCAUGCACUUUGCAGAUUUCUUUCUCUGA